AAGCGGCGGCGGCUGAGGAGGCGGCUGGAAGAGAGAGGGUGACCGACCCGACUAAGCGGAUACUCAGGCUCGGUUUGCUUGGAGCAUAAUGGAGCGGCCCCGGAGAUACCCACCGAGCGGGUAAAUAACCGGACGAGCACGAGAGGCUAGAAGGAGACACGGCUCGCGCUGAAUAUCCAGAGUAGAUGAUGCUCAUUUGCCGCAGGCCCCGCCAUCGUGAAACUGGAUACCGACCUGCGGCGGAUGGGGUGACCGAGCUCCCUGCUCCGCCGGGGAGGUCCCUACCUUCGGACGAUACCGGGGUGGGAGCUGCCUGAGCCCGGUUCGAGGGAAGGAAGGAGUGGCAACAAGGGAAAAUGCAGACGGAGGAGGAGACGGCCACUGCAGAAGAGCCCAUUUUGGAGGAAGGGUCAGGACGAGAGCAGCAGCGGCCGGUUCAGCAGUCCCUGGCCUCCUCCCUGUGUCGCGAGUCUCACUGGAAGUGCCUCCUCCUGACCCUCCUCAUGUACGGCUGCUUUGCAACACUGGCCUGGUGUGCACUCUGCCGCGUCCCUGUCCUCGGCUCCUCCUCCAUACCUCUCGGUGCUGAUGACGACGCCACCUCAGCAGCGUACUACAAUGACAUCCUGCACUUGGAGAGUCCGUGUUCCAGCGGCUACGUCUACAUCCCCCUGGCUUUCCUAGCCAUGCUGUAUGUGGUGUACCUGGUGGAGUGCUGGCACUGCUUUUCCAAAACAGCCAUGUUGGCUCAUGCUGAAUUCCAGGAAGUGUAUGAGCGUGUGCAGCGAUUGCAACAGGCCACACCCUGCAUUUGGUGGAAGGCCAUCAGUUAUCACUAUGUGAGGAGGACCAGACAGGUGACACGGUACCGCAACGGAGAUGCAUAUACAACCACACAGGUAUACCAUGAGCGAGUGAACACUCACGCCUCCAGUUCGGAGUUCGACUACGCCCGUUAUGGUGUCAAAGAUGUUUCAAAGGAGCUGCUGGAUCUUCAGCUGCAUCCCGCUGUUCGCCUGCGCUUCACAAAGUGUUUCAGCUUCUCCAGUGCACGUGCUGAAGCUGCCUACCUCACUCAGCGAGCACGCUUCUUCGGUGAGAAUGAGGGUCUUGAUGACUACAUGGAAGCCCGGGAAGGAAUGCACUUGAAAAACGUGGACUUCCGUGAACACAUCUUGGCAUUCCCUGAUCCUGCUCAUCAGCCGUGGUUUUCCAGACACAGGGUGUUCUGGCUGGCCUCAGCGUUCCUCCUGUCAUGGCCGCUGCGGGUCGUGUCUGAAUAUCGCACAGCGUACGUCCACUACCACGUGGAGAAGCUGUUCGGAGAGGAUGAGGAUUCUGGAGGCGGGGGAGGCGGCGGUGGAGGAGGAGGGCCGGGCGGAGGUGGAAGAGACGGGACUGAUGGCGGGACUGAGAAUGGAAUCCACCCAGGAGGAAUUGGGAUUGGAAUGGGUCUAAAUGGGACAAGCUAUAGAGCCAUCUCCCGGGUCAACACAGUGGACAUGACAGAAUUGGAAUGGCACAUUCGUUGUAACCAACAAAUGGUCCCGAGCUACUCCGAAGCCCUCCUCAUGGACUUGGACACAAGUGGGGGGACAAACCCCACUACCACCACACCCGUCUCUGGGCCAGGUACCACCCCAAUUCAGAGCACCAACCCACCCCCGUUAGCUCUGCCUGUGGUGUUCAACUCGGCAUAUCUACUCCAGAGCUGCCCUCGGUGCCGGAGGACCACGUCGAGUUCCAGUCUUCCAUCCCGGCUAAGAGCCCCGAUGGGUACGACAGCCCUCCUGAACGCUACCGUGGCAGGGAUUAGGGCGGCAGGGCAAGGGAGCGGGGGCAUCGGAGGGAGGCUGGUGCUGAGUCGGAGCGGGUUCUCAUUAGGGAGGCUCGGAAGUGGGCGUCAGAACAGCCUGUUCCACUCCCGAAGUAUGGGGGGAGGUCUGGGAGGAAGCAGGGAAGAUGGAGGAGGUAGUGGAGGAGGAGGGGGAGGAGGGGGCAGCAGCGGAGGAUUCCUAGGGUUAGGAGCGAGACAGGAUAACGAAGAGACCAGAGGAGUGCUAGAAGGAGAGGGAGACGAUGACGAUGAGGAGGAAGAACAAGAGGAGGUGGUGAGGAGGAGAGAAGAGAGGGGAAGAGGAGGAAGAGAAUGUGAUGAGGAAGCAGAGCAAGAGAGUGGAGGGGCGGUGGAAGGGAGGGAGGGCGACAGGGAUCGGCCUCCUUCCUACCAGGACGCAUUCUUCUUCCCUGUUCUUAUUAUCCACGGAGAGGAGAGCUGCCAUGCUGGAGAUGACAUGUGAGGAAACAAACACAGUUAGCGCAAGAAGGUACGGGCAGAGGCCGAGGGAGAUAAACGAACGGAAACAAGAGCGGAUCAGUGUGUGUGUGUGAGGGAAAAGAAGGAAGAAGAAUGAAAAGGAGUGCGGUUGAAGGGAUGAGUCGGUUGAUAGUAAUGUAAACCACAGACAAGUAUGAUAAAGUAAGAAAAGAAAAGACUGUAAGAAGAGAAGAACGCAAAUGUUUGGACGGUUAAGAUGCGGUGCACACUCUGAAUGGCAGAAUAAAUGGAUCACAGGUAGACGAGGGCUGAGAAGGAACGAAAUAGUGAAGAUAGGACACAAUCUGGCAAUGAGAGGCAGCAGUAAAAUCUUGGCAAUUGCAGACUUUGCUGAAGAUGUCUGAGAUUGAAGAUGUGAACAGAAUGCAUUGUGGGAUGAGAGUGACAGAUGGGAAGAAUGACAAGCAGAACGGUUAAAAAAUGUAGGAAUGUCUAUUUCCAGAUUAAUCUAUGCAAGAGCACAGGAAGGAGGAGAAACUAGUUUAAAGAUAGCAGCUUGGAGAGCAGUGUUAGCGGGUAUUUUAUAGAAAUGGACAUGGAAAAGGGUAGAUUUCAGUGGGAUUUUGUAGAAGUAUAUCAAGCAAGGGAAGAAUUUCUGGUUAUUUCAGAAAAAAAAAGAAAAGACAAAACAAGGAUACACACAAAGGAUUUCAACAUUAAAUGUGCAACAGUAAGAACAUAGUAUUGGUGUGCCUCAGUGAUGUAGCAGGGAAAAGAGACAAAGCAGACGGACAGAAUAGUGACCAGAUUAUCCCAAAUCUUAUUUUCCAUUUAAAGUGGAAUACAUGCGAAU